AUGACAAAGGCCACGGUGUUCUGGGGCUGUACUGCUGCCGUUGUGCUGUCCGCAAUCCAGUCCUUGGGUAUUACCCUACAAAGAAAGAGUCAUGUCAUUCCUAUUAUACUUGAACAUAGAGACGAUCUCGAGCUCGAUAGCGCAGAUCCGAUAGAUAUCAGCAUACCAAUGGAUAACCGUGGCUCAACUUCCCAACAACCGCAUCAUGAUUAUGAGGCUAGCAGACGCACGCAUCUUUACAGGAGACAUCUCUGGCUAACAGGAUUCCUGAUGUUCAUUUUGGCCAACGUGUUUGGCUCAAUAGUCCAGUUGACGACACUACCGCUCAUUAUUCUAUCUCCAUUGCAGAGUAUAGGGCUAAUUUUCAACUCCAUUUUCAGCAGCAUGCUCUUGCCGGGCGAGAGUUUCACGAAUAAGCUUAUGUUGGGCACAGGCAUCAUAUCUGUUGGUGCUUUUAUCAUCGCCUACAAUGGAAGUGCCGAUGGAGAUCUGCUUGGUGAUAUCGACACUGAUGAACGAUUCAGACUUGUUUUGCAAAAGUUCCGGAGACCCACUUUCUUGGUGUGGUGGCUCUUCACAUUUGUUGUCAUUUUGGUUUUGAUCAGGAUAAACUUUGUCCUCUCAAGACGAAUUCACCAGCUCUCAUUGCACAAAAAGGGCAAGCGAAUUUCUAGAAACAGCAAGAAGGCAGCCACACAACUUACUCUUCUCAAGGGUACCCUUUUUGGGGUGAUAAGCGGGACUUUGACAGCCCAUACAUUUUUGUUCGCUAAAUCCAUUGUUGAUGUUAUGGUUGCAACCCUUAUCGAGCGGGAAACACCGAAAUCCCUGUCUACCUAUGUAACUUCGGUGUUACUCCUUCUUGCCACACUCACAAUUGUGGCUAUGCAGCUCGUUGCCUUCAACUUGGGCUUAUCCCAUAUUUCAACCUCCAUUUUAUACCCAUUAUGCUUUUUGGUGUACAAUUUGGUGAACUUGUUCAAUGGUGUGUUGUACGACGAACUCCUUCUGAAACACUUGAUGACCAUACCACAGCUCUUCCUUGUGGUACUAGGCUUGAUCGGCGUUCUAUUGGGUGUUGUAAUGAUAAGUUGGGACAGUGCAUUUGGGGCCCAUGAGCCCCCAGUUAACGAGGAUUCUGAUGUGCUACUUAAUGCAAAGUUCCCGUACUUCCAAGGAAACAACCAGCGUGUGCUUUCUUACGAAGAGAACGAACUACUCAGACUGAUACACUCAGCAUAA